CAAGCAUUGAGCAGAAUAGCGAAACUUCGUAAAGGCUCUGAUGGCGUGGGCCGGUCAAUCGUGUAGAGGCAGCGAGGCAUCGCGAUGCGACUGUGGGCAUCUUUCCUUCCUUUGUUUGCUACAGCCACCACCUUCUUCAACAGCAGCAAUUGCGGACGUCACAAAGGCGCAGCUUAACAAAGCGCACGAGCGAUCGCACACAAUCGAUUCUCAGGACACAAAGUCGAGCUCGUAAAAGGACACGACUCGAUAUAUUCACCAGUCGCUGACGGCGACGCGGAGCUCAACUUCCACACACUGCUGCCCACCCUGGCAGCACUAGAUUUCAGAAUGCUGCGAGGUGCUGCUACGCCUUUGUCUCGCUCCGUAAGGAGCGCUGCCACUAGCAGCCUGCGUCCCUUCAGCCAUCGUGCCACUUCGCAGCUCGCGCUUCCUUCGCUCGGCUCGCAAAGUCAACGCAACAAGGAUGCUCGUGGUGUCCUCGCUGCGACUGCUUCUCGCGCGUCCGGUUCCCAGCUGCUAGGAUCGGUCAGCCAAGCGAGAGCGGCUAGCAGUCAACCUACAGAGAUGACAGUUCGCGAAGCUCUCAACUCGGCCAUGGAGGAGGAGAUGCUGCGCGACGACAGUGUGUUCAUCCUCGGAGAGGAAGUGGCCAGAUACAAUGGCGCUUACAAAAUUACAAAAGGCUUGCUCGAUAAGUUCGGAGAGCGUCGAGUGAUCGACACGCCCAUCACGGAGGCUGGUUUCACGGGUCUUGCAGUCGGCGCUGCGCUGGCUGGUCUGCGACCCGUCUGCGAGUUCAUGACUUUCAACUUCGCGAUGCAAUCGAUCGACCAGAUCAUUAACAGUGGAGGCAAGACCUACUACAUGUCUGGAGGAAACGUUCCUUGCCCCAUCGUCUUUCGAGGCCCGAAUGGUGCUGCCGCCGGAGUGGGUGCACAGCAUUCCCAAGAUUACUCCGCAUGGUACGGUCAGAUACCUGGACUGAAGGUCAUCAGCCCAUGGAGCGCAGAGGACUGCAGGGGAUUGAUGAAGGCUGCGAUUCGUGAUCCUAACCCGGUCGUGUUCUUGGAGAACGAGAUCUUGUACGGCCACUCUUUCCCGGUCAACUCUGAGAUCCUUUCCGACGACUUUGUCUUGCCAAUCGGCAAAGCAAAGAUCGAACGAUCAGGAAAGGACGUGACGCUCGUGUCCCACACUCUGGGUGUGACGCAUUGCAUGCAAGCUGCGGAACUUCUCGCAAAGGAAGGCAUCGAGGCCGAGGUGAUCAACCUCCGAAGCAUCAGGCCUUUGGACAUUGAGACUGUCAUUGAAAGUCUCAAGAAGACCAACAGAGUCGUCACUGUGGAAGGCGGUUUUCCAGCUUUCGGCGUUGGGUCCGAGAUCUCUGCGCAGCUCAACGAAUUCGCCUUUGACCAUUUGGAUUCGCCAGUCCGCAGAGUGACUGGCGCGGACCUGCCAACUCCCUACGCAACGAAUCUCGAGAAUCUAUCCUUCCCGAGCGCAGAUAUCGUUGUUGAGGAGGCCAAGAAGGCCUUGUACAAGGCCUGAGAAAUCCCACGAAAUCCGUGCUACGGCUCAAUGCCAGAUUCAUGUAGGAAAGGGGGCGGAGUGACUGAUUGCGAGGGCAAAAAGCGUACAUUCAGGCCCUCACUUCAAUUGGACGCCAAUUGACAUUUGAUAUUGUGAUUCAGAA